AUUGAUUUAUCGAAAUCGAAAUAAAUAAGAGCUUCAAUUGCUCUGAACAUUUGUGCUGCUGCAGAAAACCUUAAAUUUAAUCGCCCGUCAAUAAAAACCAUAAAAAAAAAAUACAUAAUGUUUAAGUUGGACAACUGUCAUCUGCGAAACCAUUAUGUCAAGAAUGGGUUGUGGUUCACCGAAGACCAUAUUCCAGUACGAAAGCUAUUUCUCACCAACAUUCCGGAAGAUCUGAAGGAGGACACGUUAGUUGAACAUUUCAAAAGAUUCGGGAGUGUCAUCAGUGUUCAGCUCUUCAACAAUGCUGGAUUCGUUUUAUUUGCAUAUGCAACCGAUGCGACCAAAGCUUUGGAAAUCAAAAAUCAUCAUGUGAAUGGCCAUAAAAUCGAUGUCAUUGUGGCCGAUAGUUAUCAUCAACCGGAUUUGUUUGAGGCGUCACAGCCCCCAACUGCCGGCGAUCAGUCAGGGGAGGCGUACAUUUUAAAGAUUCCUGAUGAUUGCCUAUCAAUGAUUCUAAAAUAUCUUCGAUUGGCGGAUCAAGUCCACUUCCAAAGUGUUUGCAAGCGCUUUCAGUCUGUAUAUCAGUUAACUGCACGAUCCAUACAUAAGUCGGUCGAUUCGCUAAAAUUUAUGGAUCUGACACCUUGGGAAUGUCGUGAGUUUAUUCGAGGUUCCGGACCACACAUAACGGAUUUAAAUUUAACUCACUCAAACUUUACAGAGUGUUUGUUGAAAUAUUUUGGAAGGAAUUGCAUCAACUUGAAGUCUUUGCAACUUUCGCAUUUCCAAUUAACUGCAGAGAUGUUUGAAACAUUUUCCAGUACCGAUAAGUUGGAGAAUCUAAAGCUAAGUAAUUGUAACCUGGCUGAUAAAACGCUGUUAACUUUGAAGAACUUUAAGCUUCUAAAAAAACUUAACCUAUCCUGGAAUUAUUCUCUCAGUGGUCUUCAUCUAGAAAAGCUUCCUGCCUCGAUUGAAAGCCUGAACCUGAUGGGUUGUCAUAGUAUUCAGUCAGGGCAUUUAAUUCAGAUGUGCAAGUCUUUAACCAAUCUAAGGGAACUCGACAUUACCUUUAUCGAUUCCAAUCUUGCAGAGGUUUUUAAUAAUAUGGUUAAAAAAGGCUACUGCCCUUUACUAGAAACAUUGGGAGUUUCCAUUGAUGGGCAAUAUGAAGACAUAGCCCAACUACCCAAACUAAAGAGUAUUUACAUUCACCGCAUACCAGAACAAUUUAACCUUGACAAACUCUUUGAUCAACUGGUACUUUUUAAAUCCGAGCAAUUGGAAGAUUUAAAAAUUAGUGUAUACUUAACUAAGCAAACACUCAUGCCAAUCGCAAAGUUAAGUGGAUUGAAGACUCUAGCGAUUUGGUGUGCGCUUAACAUUGAUGAAGAAGUCUUCAACGCGUUUACCAACUUAAGAAAACUGGAGCACAUCACCCUCGCAUUCUGCGAUGAAGUUAACGAUUCUAACGUUUUGCGUCUGGUACUUGGAUGUCCGAAGUUGCAGGAGGUGAACCUUGUGGGUUGUUCACAAAUAACUCAAAAGUUAUUAGAUAAUAUCAUUUUAAAGAUUCCAAUUCACUACAAAAAAAAUGAGCGCAAGUUGCCCAUAACAAUUUAUCUAAGGUCAUCUAAGGUCUUCCGUACUCCUACAGCGCAGGAUAUAGUCAAGAUAAUAUGGGAUUAAUCUAAUAAAUUCAUAUAAAUUUAAAUUAAUAACUAAUUGAAAUAAAAUUUGAAAAUGUACUUUUUUGAUAACCCUUAUUAAAGGCUUAUCAAAUGUCUAAUCGCUAAAUUUAUAACUGCUCAAAGUACAUUAUUGU